AUGGGAUCGCAAUCCGAAACCCCCAACGGGGACAGGGGCAAUAUGCCGGUGCUGUUCUUCGACAUAGACAAUUGCUUAUACCCUAAAAGCACAAAGGUCCAUGAUCUCAUGGCAGAUCUCAUCGAUCAAUACUUCGCCAAGCACCUGGGCGUGAAUGAGGAGGAAGCCAUCCGGCUGCACCAGGAGUACUACCAGAACUACGGGCUGGCCAUUGAGGGGCUGGUCCGGCACCAUCAGAUCGACCCCCUGGAGUACAACGCCAAGGUCGACGACGCACUACCGCUCGAGAACAUCAUCAAGCCGAACCCGCAACUGCGAAAGAUGCUCGAGGACAUCGACACCACCAAGGUGCGGCUGUGGCUCCUGACCAACGCUUACAUCACUCACGGCAAGCGCGUGGUCAAGCUCCUGGGCAUCGACGAUCUAUUUGAGGGUUUGACGUUCUGUGAUUACUCCAAGAUACCCAUCAUUUGCAAGCCACACCAGGACAUGUAUGCCAAGGCAAUGAAGGAGGCAGGCGUAGAACGGCCCGAGGAUUGCUACUUCGUUGACGACUCCUACGGCAACUGUGUCGGCGCCCAAAAACUUGGAUGGACCGCCGCUCAUCUGGUUGAGGAAGGCCUUAAAGUACCCAAGACCCCAGCGUCGCAGCACCAAAUCAGGCACCUGGAGGAGAUGCGGAAUAUCUUCCCGCAAUUCUUCAAGUCGUCGAGUUAA